AUGCAAUUGAAAAACAAACUCAGCACAUUUCAAAUUGAAGGAUCUGUGACUGAGUAUGUGUUGUUGAUUAAAGGCACAAUUGAUGCUUUGGCAUCAGUAGGAGAGUCAGUAAAGGAAAGCGAUCAUGUCAAUGCGAUUUUACACGGCUUAUCUGAAGAGUAUUCUUCAGUAUAUACAUCUGUGCUUGCAAGAUCUGAGAGUAUAACUGUUGCUGAACUAGAAGCCUUGCUGCUAGCUCAUAAGAGCAUGCUAGCUAAGUUCAGAAAAUCAGAGGCGUUUGUGCAAGCAAACGUAGCUCAAUUUGGAGGAUAUCAUCAACAGUUGCAAGGAAGAAGAGGAGGCUUCAGAAAAGGAUUCAGAGGAAGAGGAGAAAGAAUGCACAGAGGUGGUAGAAAUCUCUCUAAUGCAGGAAAUAUGAUGCAAGAAGUUGAUAACAGACAGGCUAAUAGAGGAGGCAGAACAUAUAAUUCAAGAAGCUAUGAGUACAACAUGCCACAAUGUCAGCUGUGUAAUAAGUUCGGCCACACUGCAAGAACUUGCUGGCACAGAUACAAUGAGGAUCAAUUUGAGGAAGAAGGUUAUGCUAGAGACGGAUAUAACAAUGCUUGA